UUUGUAAGACCCUGUCAUUCUUUGGAGUCCUUGUUGUACAUAUUUAUUAUUACGUCCUACAGGCAGCACACUUGUCUCGUACCCUGUCUGCCCGUUGCUGUUUCUAUUCACGAAAUUUCUCACAAAGCAAAGCUGUCAAGGCUGUCCCCUCUGUUAACUGCUGUGAGAAGGGGGGUUCCUUGACUCAUGGCAUUUCAGCACUACUUUUCCCAGGAAUUGAAAACCACCCCAAAUUCUGUGACAGAAACAGAAAGUUCCAAUGGUUGUUUCGAUUGCAACAUCUGCUUAGACAUCGCACACGAACCGGUAGUCACCCUCUGUGGUCACCUUUACUGCUGGCCCUGCAUCUACAAGUGGCUACAUGUCCAAAGUGAUUCUCUCGCACCUGAUGAGCAUCCACAAUGCCCUGUUUGUAAGGUUGACAUAUCCCACAGCACAAUGGUCCCGCUGUACGGCCGAGGGCACGCCCCACGUGGUGGGAAAGCAUCAUGUUGUGAUCUAUUUACACCACCAAGACCACCUGCUUCAGGUGCUCAAGCUCUUUUGGGAACAUCAUCAUCAUCUCAAAAUUCUCAGCAGCAGCAGCAGCUUCAAUAUCGUAAUCCUUAUCAAGGUCAAUAUUUCAGCUCUCCUUUAUACCAAGAAGAAGAUGAUGAUGCCACUUCACAAAUGUUCAAUCUUGGUGCUUCAACCAUGACAACUCCAGGAUCCCACCCCCACCCUGUAGUAGGGAUGUUUGGGGAGAUGGUUUUCGCUCGAGUGUUUGGCAACUCGGAAAAUUUGUACGCCAACCCGAAUUCUCAUCAGUUGAUGAGAAGUAAUGGCUCUAGAAUGAGAAGGCAAGAGAUGCAGGCAGACAAAUUUUUGAACAGAAUUUCAAUUUUUCUCUUGUGCUGCUUUUUUCUGUGCCUUAUCUUUUUCUAAAUAUGCAGUUGAGAGUUGAGAUUGUUCUCUUUCCCUGUUGUAUACUUAAUAGAGUAGCAUGGUUGUAUGCUUUAAGAAUUUAUAGAUCGAGUGAAUUGUUAUAGGCUAUAUUUUAUAAGGUAACAUGGUUGUAUGGUUUAAGAAUUUGAUAGAUGGAAUGGAUUAUCAUAAGCCAAAUUUUUUAUA